AUGAGCUCACCCUCGAAACAAGCAGUUAAAAAAAGAUCUUUGAGUAACUAUCUAUCCAACGUAAAUUCAAGGAAAGAAGAACUAGAAAGAAUAGCGAAGGAAGAAAAAGAAAAACAGCAAAAAUUGAGUGAACUACAGAAACAGCAGCAACAACAACAACAACAACAACAACGAGAACAAAAAGUCGGGUCGAAGGAGGAGGCGUUGCCAUCAAUCGAUAAAGAUGAUAUUUUAAUUAUAAAAAAAGCUGUUGCAACUCCUAAGAAAUCUCAGGAUGAUGCACGGGAACCACCAUGUUCAGUAACGUCACCCAUAUUAAAAAAUAUUGCUAGUCACACUGAUGAGAAAGAGGAAGAUAUUGAGUCCAAAAAAUCUGACAAUCUUAAGGUUACCGAAAUAGAUCCUAACAACACUCAGGAAGUUAGUGGUAAUAUAUCCGCAAGAGGACCAGAUUCUGAAUCCAAAGGACAGAGCUCUAUCCUAAGAAGCGAAUUACAGUCCAUUUUAAAAGAACCCGAAUUGUCAAAUGAUUUGAUAAAGACUGAACCUUCCAUUACGACAGAUGAUGAACACGAGCAACCACAUCCUCAUGACAAUGAAAAUAAUCAUGUAACUGAACAAGAACCCAAAUCGGAAAAGAUCAAUACCAAAGAACAAGAAACUUUGAGUGAUACUGAAACAGCAGAAAAUACACCAUUAAAACCAAAAAGAGGUAAGUUAAUUAGAGCUGAUAAAUUGAGAAGAGAACAUUCUAAGAGAAGAUUACAAUUUGGUCAUGAUUCCGAUUCCGACUUAUCUGAUAUCGACGAAGAUGAAAACUUUACCAUCAAUAGUAGUGUCCUACAUAGUGAUAUUUCCCCUCUAAAGAAGACAAAUAACAACAACAACAACAACGAUCAAACGAAAAAUACAAAUGAUCAUGAAACGUCGCUGGCAUCAUCCCCACAAGCAGCUGCUAAGCAUGAACCUAUAAAGAAGAUAAAAUCCUCGAAACCGUCACAUGUAGCGGUAACAAAACCUGCAACAAGUAAACAAAGAAGAGGUAUUUACCGUGAUUCUGGUGGUAGAACAAAAUUAGCCAUCGCAUGUGAUAAGGGUAAAUUUGAAACAGCUAAAAGAUUAAUUGAAGAGGAAGGUUAUGACGUUAAUGAUCAAGAUAAUGCAGGUAAUUCUGCAUUACAUGAAGCUGCAUUGAAUGGUCAUUUAGAUAUUGUUAAAUUGUUAGUGGAACAUGAUGCAAAUGUAAACAUUCAAUCUUAUGAAAUGUUUCAAGAUACACCACUGUUUGAUGCUUCAGCAAAUGGAUAUUUAGACGUUGUAGAGUAUUUGUUAGAACAUGGAGCUAAUCCAACUUUAACAAAUGCAAAGGGGCGUACCGCAUGUGAAUCUAUUGAAGAAGAUGCAGAUUUAGAUGAAGAAGAUAGACAAAUUGUCAAGGAUAUUAAACAUCGUUUGAUAGUUGCCGCUAGAGAUUGGAAACUUAAAAAUGGUCACACAACUCUUGAUCAAAAUGGGAAAUCUGAUCCUUCGAUGUCUUAUUACAAUAACAAUAAUAAUAUUAAUGGUAAGAACAAUAAUAAUUCAAUGAGAAGUUCUUCUCCAGGAAAUACUAUUGAAGGCGAAACUAAUAGGGCACAAACAAUAAUUGAAGAAGAAUUUCUCUAUUCAGAUGUUGGAUCCAAGGAGGGGAAGGAUAAAUUAUUUAGAGCAGCAAGGGAUGGCAAUUCAACUUAUGUUGGUAAAUAUCUACAGCAUAGGGGCCAACCUGAUUUUAAAUCAUUGAUGGAAGCAGUAAAAUUCGGUCAUGAAGAUAUUGUAAGUUUAUUUCUAGCAUUUGGUGCACAAAUUAAUAAAAGAGGGAAAGAUGGUAUGACACUUUUGAUGUUAGCAGUUGGUAGAGGACAUUUAGAAACAGUCAAACUUUUAAUAAAAAAUAAUGCUGACGUGACAGCAAUGGAUAGUAACGGAAAUACUGCAUUAUAUUAUGCAGAGAAUAGUAUUAUUGGUGUAAUAAAUCCUGAAGAAAUAGCAUUAUUGAAGAACGAUCUUGACAAGUCUGCUAAUAAUCUUAUUAAGAAAGAGGUAGGGUCUCCUAAGCAUGACAUUGGCAAUGUUAAAGCUGCAACUAAUGAAAGUUUAAUUGAAGAAAUCGAAAAAAAGCGUGAAGACAAAGCGAUGGAUAAUGCGUUGAACACUACUACUGAGAUUUCUGUUAACGAUAAAGAUUUUACUAGGAAAGAUACCGUUGCCAAAAGUAUGGAAAGUGAUAGUUCAGAACAGGAAGAGGACGACGAAGAUAUACUUUAUAUCAAUACUAAUAAAAGGAAAAGAAUUCCAUCAUCUUCAACUGUGAGUAAUUCUGCUAUGGUAAAUUCCACUAAUAUUGAUGAAGCCGAUAAAGAUAUGUCAGCUAUUUUCGAUAAUGAUGAUAAUAAUAAUGAUAAUGAUAAUGAAGCUGCAAUGCACUUGAAGAAGAAACAAAAAGUGAACGAUGUUAUCGCACCUAAAGUUCGUGAAGAAACUCCGGAAGAGAAGGAAAUACGUUUGAAAGCCACCGAAGAAUAUAUUCAAAAACGAUUAGAAAAUAAGAAACGUAAGGAACAAGAGUAUAUUGACAGAAUGAACCUAGAGGAAGAAAGAAGAAUUGAAGAAAAGGAGAAACAAAGAAUUGCUGAAGAAAAGCGGUUAGCGGAAGAAGAAAAGCGAAAGAAAUUAGAAGAGAUGAGGCUUCGAAUGGAACAAGAUCUACAAAAUAGACGAUCUAUUAGAGCUCUAUAUCCAAUUGGGUUGCGUUUGAUAGAUUUAAAUGAUAAGAAAAAUUAUAUGUCGUUUAUGCCGUUGUAUUAUAUUGUGAAGAACCAAAUACGAUAUGUGUUGGAUUUACAGUUAUAUGUACUAACUAAGGAUGAAAGCAUUUUAAAAUAUGAACCCAGUGAAAAAGUGGAACCUGAGCAUAAGGAGCAACUAUGGAGUUUAUUAAAAUUUAUUUUUUUGAACGGCGGUAGGACAGACGUUGGUGAAGAUAAAGAGGAAGAUGAAGAUGAUAAAAAAGUUCAAUAUAGAGUGAAUUUCAAACGAUAUGACAUUGAUACGCGGCUCAGAAUUGAAACACAAGAAUAUGACAAGUUUGCAAAUUUACCUAUGAAAUGGAUUCCUAUUGAUAAAAUUGAAAUAGAAGACAAGGAUCUAGAGGCUAGUAUAAAAAGCAAUAUGAAUCAAGUAGCCUUAUUCGAUAAAAAAGACUACAAUAAUAAUCGGUCAAAUAAUAAGUCUAGCAAACAAGAUAUAUGUAAUAGUACCAAGAGACCAAUUAUGCUACCGACGAAAUUGCAAUAUAGGAAAGGCAUUACAGACUUGCUUUCCAAAACGAUCAAUAUCAAUUCAAGUUGGGCAACUACUAAGAGUAAAGAAACGCAAAUGAUUUGA